AAGCACAGAAAGCAUCCUGGUGGUCGUGGUCUUGCUGGUGGUCAACACCACCACCGUAUCAACAUGGAUAAGUACCAUCCUGGUUACUUUGGUAAGGUCGGUAUGCGUCACUUCCACUUGAAGAAGAACCCCAACUGGCGUCCUGUUGUCAACCUUGACAAGAUCUGGACUCUUGCCGGUGAAGGUGUCCGUGAAAAGUACAAGAACACUGAAAAGGUUCCCGUCAUUGAUGCUCUUCAAAAUGGCUAUGCUAAGGUUCUCGCCAAGGGUACCAUCUCUCAACCUGUCAUUGUUCGUACUCGUUUCGUCUCCAGCCUCGCUGAAAAGAAGAUUAAGGCCGCUGGUGGUGUUGUUGAACUUAUUGCCUAAAUGAUCUUUUUUUUUUUU